AUGGCUGCGUUGAUGAUGGUUAGAGACAUAAAACCACGUAGCGAUGAAGCCCAUGAACAACAGGAUACGGGUCGGGUUAUUCGAGACAUUAAAAACGUGUAUCCUGAAGUUAUUGAUUUAUUUAGAGGUGUUAAUGAUUCGAUUUCAAAUCAUUCUAUAACCCUCGAUGAAGAGAAUAAAUUAACAGAUUAUAUAUUCGUCAUUAUUGCAGAACUAAUGAAGAGAAUAAAUGAAAAAGGUAUAGCUGAUAUCAUUAAUGUAAGUGAUGUAAUGAUGAAAAGAAAUUUUGACUCAUUAUUUACAAAACCGAAAACAGAAUAUAGUCUUUAUGACAUAAUUACCGAAUUAAUGAAAAAGAUUAAUGAUAAUAAGAGUUCUGGCGGAAGAGUUGAAUUAGAAGUGAAUGAUGUUAAUGAGAAAUUAGCCGAAAAGGCAGACAAAAAUGAUCUUUUAGCUCUGAGUGAUAGAGUCAAGAACCAUGUUCAUUAUAUAACUUCAGAUGAACAGAUUAUAACGGAUUAUCAUGGAUAUUUAACACGGGAUGAAGAAGUGAAGACGGAAGAUGUUAAUGAAAGAAGAUAUAAAUACAUUCGUGCUAAAGGUUAUGACAUAAGCUGUACUGUACAUUAUGACACGGGUAAAGCGCUAGAAGCAUUUAGUUAUAACGAUGAAAUUUAUGCCUCUAGUUUCUUUGUUAACGGUGUAUUAGUUGAACCAAGAUUUACUUUGAGAGUUAAGGCAAAAAUAACUUUUGAAGAUGCUAUUAAAAGUAAAGCUGACAAAGAUGAACUUGACGCAACGAACAAAGUUUUGAAAUCUCAUAAACACAAUAUCUCCGAUAUAAAUGAACUUCAAGCUACAUUAAAUAGUAAAGCUGACAAGAACCAUACACAUGAAUCCUUCACUACUGUUAGAGCAGACGACAUAAUACUGAACUAUGAUUUGGGUUCAAGUGCACCUUUAGAGAAUCCGAGUACAAGCGUAAAAGAUACACUAAACAAUUUAGAUAACAGUUGCAGGAAUAUCGAAGAUCAUGCCAGAAACUUUGAAGCAUAUGAACUACCAGCAAUGUUAGAUAAGAAAGCCGACAAGACAGAACUUCAAACAAUGAAGACUCAGAUUCUUGAAACCAUAUAUCCUAUAGGCUCUAUUUAUACGUCAAUGAACUCAAAAAAUCCGGCAAGUGUUUUAGGUUUUGGUACGUGGCAGCAGAUUGUAGACAAAUUCUUAUACUGUGCUAACUCUUCAAAGCAAACAGGAGGCUCAAAGAAAAUUAAAGAAGCAAACUUACCUGCGCACACUCAUACAGGAACGACAAACUUUUCUGGCGACCAUAGCCACUCAUUAAGAGACCACACAUUAUACAACUCAGACUAUAAAGCUGGCAAUGACGUUUUAUCUCCAUCUUAUAACAAUUCAGCAAAAAAGACUUUUCGACCAACUGAACCAGGAGGAAAUCAUGUCCAUACUUUCACAACAAAUCCAACAGGCUCGGGUGAAGAUUAUAUGCCACCUUAUAUGACUGUAUUCGCAUGGUACCGCGUUCAAUGA